AUGUCAUCAAUUCCACCUAAUUCUCCUAUAAUCGAUUCAAUAUCAGGUUCAUCAUCAGAACGAACAUCAUCACCACAAUCAUUAUCAACAGAAUUAUUUAAUCGUCUACAAGCUUUUCAAGUCUAUUUGGAAAUGUCUGGUUCAAUUGAUGCAUUAACAGAUUGUAUUGCACAACUUAAUGUAUCAUAUUCCGUAUCCUAUUCAACACCACUUGAACAAUUUAAAGCUAUUCUUCGUUCAAAACUUCCACAAACAAUUGAAGCUGAUUGUUUACAACAAGAAAUUGAUGAACUUAAAAUAAAAAUUGCUCAAUUACGGCAAGAAAAAAAUUAA